UGCAGCAGCGAUCACAAUGCUGUGAGCAGCCGGACUAAAAGGAUUAAUACGGAUGUUAUACAGCACACCGACAGCAGCAAUCAUUGCAUGGGAUCUGUUUUCGCUUCUGUACUUCACGAUAACGCAAAGAUUAGACGGAAAUGCUCUCUGUGGUCGCAUUAAAGCACUUCUAUUUAUCUGAACCUUAAGUUAGUAAUGUAACGUCAUCCAAACACCGGUGGUGGAGAAGGACAGCACCGAACACUGUUUUUGUCUGUUGAAUCAUCUGUCAGAAGAUGAACCGAAAGAAGGAUAAAGGAUUCGAGAGCCCUCGACCUUUUAAAUUAACUCACCAGGUGGUGUGCAUCAACAACAUUAACUUCCAGAGGAAAUCUGUCAUCGGUUAUGUUGAGCUGACAAUUUUCCCAACAGUGGUCAACCUGAACAGGAUCAAGCUCAACAGUAAACAAUGUCGCAUAUACAGAGUCCGAGUCAAUGAACUCGAAGCCCCUUUCAUCUACAAUGACCCCACACUGGAGGUGUGCCACCAUGAGUCCAAGCAGAGGAACCUCAACUAUUUCUCCAGUGCGUACACAGCAGCAGUGAGCGCUGUAGACCCGGAUGCGGGACACGGAGAGCUGGUCAUUAAAGUUCCCUCUGAACUCUGGAAACAAGGAGAUGAUUUGAAAGUUUUGAAGGUGUACAUUGAGUUUUCCCUGGACCAACCAAAAGGAGGUCUCCAUUUUGUGGUUCCUGAUGUUGAAGGCAGCAUGGCAGAGAGGGGCGCUCAUGUUUUCUCCUUUGGAUACCAGAACUCCACAAGAUUCUGGUUCCCCUGUGUGGACUCGUACUCAGAACUGUGUACAUGGAAGCUGGAGUUCACCGUGGAUGCAUCCAUGGUGGCGGUGUCCUGUGGCGAUCUGGUGGAGACGAUCUACACAAACGAUAUGAGGAAAAAAACAUUCCACUAUCUCCUUCCCAUCCCCACUGCGGCACCAAACAUCUCCCUGGCUGUGGGGCCAUUUGAAAUCCUCGUGGAUCCCUACAUGCAUGAGGUGACCCAUUUCUGCCUGCCGCAGCUGCUGCCUCUAUUGAAACACUCCAUGUCUUACCUGCAUGAGAUUUUUGAGUUCUAUGAGGAGAUCCUGACAUGCCGCUACCCUUACGCCUGUUUCAAGACCGUGUUUGUGGACGAAGCCUAUGUGCAGGUGUCCUCCUAUGCUUCCAUGAGCAUUUUCAGUACUAACCUCCUCCACAGUGCCAUGAUCAUAGACCAGACACCACUGACACGCCGCUGCUUGGCCCAGGCCUUAGCUCAGCAGUUCUUCGGCUGUUUCAUCUCCAGGAUGUCAUGGGCUGAUGAGUGGGUGCUGAAGGGAAUAUCCGGCUACAUCUAUGGGCUCUACUUGAAGAAGACUUUUGGAGUCAACGAAUACCGGCACUGGAUUAAAGAGGAACUGGACAAGAUAGUGGAAUAUGAGUUAAAGAUGGGAGGAGUUCUGCUGCACCCAACGUUCGGUGGAGGCAAAGAGAAGGACAAUCCAACCCCCCACCUUCACUUCUCCAUUAAGCACCCCCACACUCUGUCCUGGGAGUACUACAAGAUGUUCCAGUGUAAGGCUCACCUGGUGAUGAGGCUGAUAGAAAACAGGAUCAGCAUGGAGUUUAUGCUGCAGGUUUUCAACAAGCUGCUGAGUCUGGCCAGCACAGCCUCGUCUCAGAAGUACCAGAGCCACAUGUGGAGCCAGAUGCUUCUGUCCACUCACGCCUUCCUCAAAUCCAUCUCCAACGUCUCUGGCAAGGACAUCGGACCCCUCAUCAAACAAUGGGUAGACCAGAGUGCUGUGGUUAAAUUCUUUGGCAGUUUUGCCUUCAACAGGAAGAGAAAUGUCCUUGAACUGGAGAUCCGACAGGACUACACAUCAUCUGGAACUCAGAAAUAUGUGGGACCCAUUAAGGUGACGGUGCAGGAGCUGGAUGGAUCCUUCAACCACACAUUGCAGAUUGAGGAGAACAGCCUCAAACAUGAUAUCCCCUGUCACUCCAAGAGCCGACGAAACAAGAAAAAGAAGAUCCCUCUGAUGAAUGGAGAAGAAGUGGACAUGGAUUUAUCGGCCAUGGAUGCCGACUCUCCUCUCCUCUGGAUCCGGAUCGACCCCGACAUGUCCAUCCUGAGGAAAGUGGAGUUCGAGCAGGCCGACUUCAUGUGGCAAUAUCAGCUGCGCUAUGAGAGGGAUGUAGUCGCUCAGGAGGAGGCAAUCUCAGCCUUGGAAAAGUUCCCGACUCCUGCCUCCAGACUCGCUCUGACUGACAUCCUGGAGCAAGAGCAGUGUUUCUACAGAGUCCGCAUGCAGGCCUGCUUCUGCUUGGCCAAGAUUGCCAAUUCCAUGGUGAGCACAUGGCAGGGUCCGCCAGCCAUGAAGUCCCUGUUUACACGAAUGUUCUGCUGUAAGAGCUGCCCCAACAUCGUCAAGACCAACAACUUCAUCAACUUCCAGAGCUACUUCCUGCAAAAGACGAUGCCCGUUGCCAUGGCGUUACUCAGGGAUGUGCAGAACCUCUGUCCCAAAGAUGUCCUAAACUUCAUCCUUGACCUCAUCAAGUACAACGACAACAGAAAAAACAAAUUUUCAGAUAACUACUACCGUGCAGAACUGAUCGAAGCGCUCACCAACUCUCUGACCCCAGCCAUCAGCAUCAACAACGAGGUGCGGACAGUAGACAAUCUAAAUGCUGACGUGCGUCUCAUCCUGGAGGAGAUCACACGAUUCCUCAACAUGGAGAAACUGUUGCCCAGCUUCAGAAACACCAUCACUGUCAGUUGUUUAAGAGCGAUCCGUCAGCUUCAGAAGAACGGCCAUAUCCCCAGUGACUCAUCACUCUUCAAGUCGUAUGCAGAGUACGGACACUUUGUAGAUGUCCGCAUUGCUGCACUGGAGGCUCUGGUCGAUUAUACCAGAGUUGAAAGAAGUUCCAUCGAGCUGCAGUGGCUUCUUAACAUGGUCCAGAAUGACCCGACUCAUUAUGUCCGACAUAAGAUUCUGGGCAUGCUCUCUAAGAAUCCACCCUUCACCAAGACGUCAGACUCAGCUCUGUGCAAUGAAGCGCUGGUUGACCAGCUCUGGAAGCUCAUGAAUUCAGGUACCUCCCAUGACUGGCGGCUGCGCUGUGACGCCAUGAGCCUUUACUACACUCUGUUCGGUUUGACUCGCCCCUCCUGCCUACCUCUGCCAGAGCUGGGACUGGUUCUUAACCUGAAGGAGAAGAAAGCCGUCCUAAACCCCACCAUCAAGCCUGAGCUGGGUGUCGGCCCUGUCAUGGACACCCCUGCCAGUAUAGGCAUCCACGGCGUCGGCAUGAGCUACGCAGCUGUGGAGGAAGAGCCAGAUCCUAUCUCAUUGGGGGUUUGCGGGGUGGGCCAGCCUCCUCAGGGCCUGAAGAGGAAAGCUGAGACCCCGCUGGGCUCCCCUCCAGAGCCGGGACAGAUCCUGCAGCAACAGGACGAUGAUGCACGAGGAGGACGUUACAAGAUCAGGUUCAACACAAUGGAGGAUGAAGACAUUGAUAUGGAGACAGUACACGACAGUCAGGCCUUCAUUCACCAUCAUCUCAACCUUUUAGAACGACCGUCUACACCAGGGAAAGAGCCUCCAUCUGUGGAACAAUCUAUGCUCUCCAUGCCUGCCACACCAGUGCCAUCCUUCUCCAAAGAGACCACCUCCUCCUCCUCCAAACACGGUGGCGAGCACGGCCACCACCAUCACCACCACCACCAUGAGCACAAGAAGAAGAAGAAGAAGCACAAGCACAAACACAAGCAUAAGCACAAACAUGAGAGCAAGGACAAGGAAAAGGACAGGGACAGGGACAACUCCCACGCCUACAGCAACAGCCCUGCUAGCGGAAGGUCUCUGCGCUCACCGUCGCUCUCUGAUUGACAGGGUUUUUAAACUCCUGAUGGUUCAGUCAGGGUUAAUGGGACACAUCAGUAGUUCAGUAGCAGGUUGCAAAGACAAUAAGUGGAAUAUUAGAGGUUCAUCUCCUCUUAACUCAGUAGUUUUGCACAGGAAUACUCAGAUAAGUGAACAUCAUUGAACUUCUGUGCAAGGAACGUUUUAUUUUGUUACUGAGACUUCAGCAUCAUUCACCACAUUCACUCAGCAGCUGUUUUUCUUUGACAUCACACUCAGAAAAAAAAUCAAAUAUUAUCUGAGUGUUUCAAUCAUUUUUCUGUUACCCUUUGAAACAUAAUCAAUAAGAACACUUUAGGUUGUUCAUAGCCAUAAACACCAAAUUUGUUCAAUCAUAAACUAAUGUUGGACAGGAGCUAAUGUUAACUAAUGUUAUUUGAGCUAUGGCUGCCAGUGUAAAUCAAUAAUAAUGAUUAGAUUAAGGUCCACAUUUAACAGAAUACUUUUUUGAUUGCAUGCUAUUUUGCCAUUUAAGGUGCAUUUGUAGUAAAGCUACCUUAGUGAGGUAGCAGCUGGAUAAUACUUACUGUAGCAUCUUCCUACUCUCACAGUGAUGGAAAACAAGCCUAAUACUGAUCCUUAAAGGAUCAAUAUGGAGAUUUUUUGCACUGAAAUAUCUAUAUUCAUUUAAAAAAUGACAAUUCCCAUGUUAUAUAUUUUAUAUUGAGGUCUUACAAUUUUUCAAAUAUAUACUAAAAUUUUCAAAGACAAAGAAUUCUUAGUUUUGUUUCUUUUUAUGGAGGCUAACAUAGGUUUCAAGUUCAAACUCCCCUCUGAAACAUGGAGCCCCACAUUUAUGUUUGAGAGCCCAGCCUUCUUCUCAAUACUGUCUUGUUUAAAAUUCUGGACUUUGUUAAAUAAAAACAGCACCUUGUAAGGCACGUUUACUGAACAGAAAACUAACUUUUUUAUCCAUAAAUUGCUCAGAAUGAGGGGGGGACUGCACUUAAAAGUGCAUUUCUCCGUCAUGCUGGAAUCGUUUCCAGAAUCAUGUGCGCUAGGAAAGAUGCAAGAGCACGUACUCAACUUGGGACCACUCCCAGCGUGAACGGGGAAGUGCACUUUUAAUGCAGUUCUUCCUUGUAUUGCAAAAAAUUAUUAAUACAAAAUGAGCAUAAAACAAAACAUUAAUUUUCUGUUCUGAGGUGUCAUUUUUAUUAGAAAGAGUUCUUAAUUCAAAACAAAAAAAAUUAACAGGUGAUGGAGCUGUGUGUAGACUAAAACUCUGACUAAAAAUAUUCGUCGACAGCGUUUUUUUCCAUGACAAAAACUAGACUAAGACUAACAAA